AUGGCAAAAACGGAGCAGGGAAAUGGACUGGAACUCCAUGACAACACAGAGAAGCUGACGGAUAGCAAAGGGAAGGGUGAAUCAAAUGGAAUGGACCCGGAGGUAAACGGCUCCAUCCCCGAAGACAGGCAGGUGGACAAGUAUGGCUUCAGUGGAGGAACUCAGCAGGAACUUGCAGAAGAAGUCCCCAUUGCGGUGUUGAGGCAACGCGAAGCUAAAUGGCUGGAGAUGCUGAACAGUUGGGACAAGUGGAUGUCUAAAAAACACAGCAAGGUGAAGGAGCGCUGUCAGAAGGGGAUCCCUCCUUCCUUGCGAGGCCGAGCCUGGCUCUACCUCACAGGGGCCAAAGUAAAAAGGGAGCAAAAUAAGGGAAGGUUUGAGGAACUGGACAACCAACCAGGAGAUCCUAAAUGGGUUGACGUCAUUGAGAGGGAUCUUCAUCGACAGUUUCCUUUUCACGAAAUGUUUGCAGCCAGAGGAGGCCAUGGGCAGCAGGAUCUGUUUCGCGUCCUGAAAGCGUACACUCUCCAUCGACCAGAUGAAGGUUAUUGUCAGGCUCAGGCUCCUGUUGCUGCUGUUCUCCUGAUGCACAUGCCAGCUGAGGAUGCCUUUUGGGUUCUUGUCCAGAUCUGUGAAAAAUACCUUCCUGGAUACUACAGCACAGGACUAGAGGCGAUCCAGCUGGAUGGGGAGAUCCUGAACGCUCUGCUGCGGCGGGUGUCGGCUCCGGCUCACCGCCACUUAAAGAAACAUAAACUGGAGCCCAUCCUCUAUAUGACGGAGUGGUUCAUGUGUGCCUUUUCUCGGACUCUGCCCUGGUCCUCUGUGCUGCGCGUGUGGGACAUGUUCCUCUGUGAGGGAGUGAAGAUCCUCUUCAGAGUCGGCCUGGUUCUCCUAAAAUGCAUGUUGGGAACACAAGAAAAAUUGAAGUCCUGCCAAGGGUUAUAUGAAACAAUGGAACUGCUGAAAAAGAUCAGCCCACAGUACAUGCGCGAAAGCUUUCUGGUGCAGGAGAUCAUAGAGCUACCAGUGUCUGAGAAGGACAUUGAGAAGGAACACCAAGCUCAGCUCCGGCGCUGGAAGGAGACUCACGGAGAUCUAAACUGCAAGUCCCCUCCCAGGAUGCACGGCGCUAAGGCCAUCAUGGCUGCAGAGCCACCAAGCCGACAGGAGCUGAGACAGAGACCGACCAUCAUUGUAGAGUCUCCUUUAGAAUCAAAAACAGAUGUGGUGUCAGAAGCAAAUGGCAAGACAAAGACUACAAAGGAAAACGGGCAUACAGCUGUCCUCCCUACUGAGACCGUUAAUCCCGGUGAUCCCUCCCCCGCCCUUCAAUCCUUGACCAUCCAGGGGUCCAAAGAGAGUCUGAGCAGCGACGAUCUGGACACGUAUCUUUAAAGGCGAGGUUUUCACCAAUUUAUAACAUUAAUCAUUUCAAACGGUUCUGUUUGAACACCAGCACUCAUCAGAUUUUAAAGCUACAAUAAACCGAGCUUUGCAGCAGAAGAAAGUUUAGUCCUCUCUUUCAAGUCUCUUAAUAGAUUCCUCUAAAACCCCUUUCCUACUAGCAGAAAAACGCGUUUAAACUGCGGAACAAUCGUCUUUUAUUGGCAGUGGGGACAGCUCACUGACAGGUUU